AUGGCGGCGACGGGAGUGUUCGUUCUGGGCAUGAGCCUGAAGAGCCGGCUGAAAGGGGAGAUCGUGAAGACGCCCCUCCUAGAGCAUGGGAGAGUCGAGAUUCCGAGUGGGCGAACUGGCAAAGCCGUGCCGGUCAUAGAGAAUCUGGACGUUGGGAAUGUCACUAUCAGCCAGAUAGUGGGCGAGAAGGGAGUUGGACUGCCUCGACUGAAGAUGCGAGCAAUGCCCCCCGAUGGUGGCGAGAUCCUUGGCAGCCUCAAGCAGCUCCCUCGGCAGAUGGUCGAGACGGCCGUUGGGACCCCGGUCCUUUUGGACAUGCUCAAGAAGAUCCCUGGGCAGAUGGGCGAGAUGGCCGACGGCAAGGGUACGAUUAUCCGCUUCCGGUCGGACGACCAAGUAUGGGACGAUCGCCCGAGGCCACAGGGGCGACCUUCCGAGAAGCUUAGCGUUCCCAGCUUCUCAGCAGAAGACGGCGACGAUGUUGGGACCUCGGCAAGGUCCUACCUUCGACAAAUAGAGGCCUGGCGAAGAAUGACCUUGUUGCCUCCGCAGCAGCAGGGACUGGUCUUGUACCAGCACUUGGGCGGCAAAGCUUGGGUCGCCGCCGAAGAGCUCGAUGUCGACCAGCUCAGCAGCGCCGGCGGUGUCAGCUACCUGGUUUCCUGGAUCACGGCUCGCUUCUUGGACUUGGAGAUCACUCGCAUCGGGAAGGCCUUCUCGGAGUUCUUUCGGCGACUUCGUCGCCGACCAGGUCAGAGUAUCCGGGACUAUAACAGCGAGUACGACCGUCUCCAUGCCCGACUCCGUGAAGUGGGAUGCAACCUGCCGGAGGACAUCGCAAACCUUGGGAAGGCGCUAGGAAAGAAGCUGCACAACACCCACAUGACCGAUGCCUACGACGACUCCGAUGCGGACUCCCUUGGAGAUGAAGAGGGAGAAGGUGUUGCUGAGGAAGUAGCCACUGCCUAUGUUGCCUUCCAGAAUGCCAAGGCCAAGCACCGAGACCAGAAGAAGUCCCGAGGUUACGACGUUGCCACCGACAAGGACAAGGGCCGCGAUGGAGGAAAGGAGGGCAAUGCCAGAGAGGAAAGGAUCCGCGCAAUGAAAGCAAAGUCCUUUUGCUCAGGAUGUGGAAGACGAGGUCACUGGCAUAAGGACAGCCAAUGUCCGAACAAUCGGGCUGCUGCGAGCGGGGACGUCAAGGAGGUCGAGGUGUGCUACAACUUGCCCUCCGAAGUGUUCGCCGUCAAACACUCCAAGCACUCCUUGCUCGGCAUCACGGAUACCGCCUGCGCCAGGACGGUCGCUGGAACGAGAUGGUUGCAGGACUACACCGAUGCCCUCGAAGUCCUCGGGAUGAAGCCGGCCUUGCACAAGGAAUGCGAAGCUUUCAGGUUCGGGGCCGGCAAGGUCUACUACUCCUCCUUCUACGUGAUCGUGUCUUUCGAGCUGGGUGAUAAGAUCGUCGAGGUCAAGACUUCCAUCAUCAGUGGCGACAUCCCGUUGCUGUUGUCCAAAGCCGUGCUGGGAAAACUUGGCAUGAUCUACAAUGUCGGGACUGGCGACGCCGACUUUGUCGAGGUCGGACUGAGGGGGUACCGCCUUGUCACAACUGCAUCCGGUCACCCGGCAAUCCCCAUCGUGCCGGCGAAGCCAGCAGAGGCAGGGGAUCCACUCCUUCCAGUUGAAGACCUUCGCUUGCAGUCGCGAGAAUACAUGGUGUACGCCAUUGCUUGUGCUGCUGGGUCAACCGAUAGGAGGUCUUCCAUGUUGAACCUCUUCCACGACAAGAAGUUAGACCCUGGGGUCAAAAGUAUGCUCAUCCACCCCCGUUUCCAGCACAGUACUUUCCUAUCUUGGCGGCAAGCUACGAAGGUCACUGGGGACUUCUGGGUUGAAAGACUGUGCUCAGUAAGAGCUUCGGUCGGCCCCUGCCUACUCCUUCGCGACCGGCAGCCGAUGGAGCCUCGAGCAUGCGGCAAUCCCCCGGCGAUCAGCAAGAUGACCAAAGCGCAGCUGUUGGAAGAAUGCAAUCGGGUGGGUCUCCUGGUGCACCACUCUUGGUCGGUGGAAGAACUCAAGUCAUGCAUUCAAGAACAUCGGCAAGCGCACCAGGAAGUUGGAGCCAGAAUGACCCGCCUUCACCAGAUGAACAUGGAGCAGCUUCGUCUACAAGCCAAGGAGCUGGGAAUUCAGUUCGUCCCCAAGACCUCAAAGGGGAGCCUCCUGAGGAUGAUUCGCGACAACAUCAACACCCCAGCGGAGACCCUGAUGCCCAUCGGAAAGUGGAAGGGGCUGCAGUACAAGGAGAUUCCGAAGGAGUACGGGGAGUGGUGUCUUCAGGAGCUCAAUUCGAACUCCGACCCGGACUUCGUUCGCUUCGCCCGGUGGUACGAGAACGACAAGAAGGCCAAGGAGCAGAGCUAUGUCGGGACAGGGAGCGACAUGUCGGCACCCUUUCCUCGGAGUCCGACUUCCAGACCGGGAACCUCGGCGGCAGCGACAGGCUCAUCGGAUCAGAUGUCAUCGACAAGGACCGAUUGGUCGGUGGUGUCUGCUGCGAUCUCCGAGAAGCAGAGGGUGAUCCCUGUCGAAGCAACGCCCAACAAGAAGAGAGCCGGGAAUGCCGAGACAACCAGGAUGGAGGCGGAGAUCGACGAGGAAGCCCUGGAGGAGAUCAGGCGGCUCGAGGCCCAGCUUGCAGUGCUCAAGAACAAGGCCGGGUAUCCGGGAUGCUGUGGUGAUUUCGACUUGCAAGAUGGCAUCACCGAGGAAGAGAUCCUCCUCGCCUCCAAGAAUAAUUGCACCUACCUGAUCGCCGAAGCCGAAGAAAACUACGAGGGGCCGCUCGUCAACCCGUUGCUCAGCCAGGCCCGUACCGCCUGCAUCAACGGUGACUUCUCCUUUUCCACAUGUCGAGAGCUUUUGGAAGGCGACGGAGUCCAAUUGGCUCGGUACGUCAAUGCCUUCGGAAAAUUCCAUCUUCCAGAGGGCACCACCUGGACAUCGGUGUCGGUGAUGUGCAAUGUCGCCGCCGGUGUGCAUUGCGACUACAACAACAGUCCCGACUCCUACAACCAUGCUGUCAGAUUUGGACAGACCAAGGGUGGAGAACUAUGGAUUGAGGAAAAGAUCGAGGGUCAAGAACAAGGUCUUCGUCAAGAUCUCCUAUGGAAAAAGGACAAGCAGGGCAAUUGGAUUCCCGGGACUGUGCAGUCGACCCUGGGCAACUUCAAGAGCUUCAAGCCAGGGCUGAAGCAUGCUGUCCUCCCUUGGGAAGGGGACCGGUGGAGCCUUGUGUACCACACCACCAGGAGCAUCAUUAAGAUCGGCAAAGAAAUCCGUGACCGCCUCAGAAAGACCGGUUUUCCUCUCCCUCGCAAAGGGCGUCAAGACCAAUCAGGCGAAAGACAAUGUGAAAAGAAGCCGAACAAGCGAACAAGGAACGUUCUCGCCGCGAAUGCCAGCAAGAUUGGGGUGCUCUUCACCACACUCGUCGCCGCGGUCACUUCCUAUAUGUGUGACUUCGGCAUGCCCGAGGUCAAGCCCGACCCCAUCGUGAUGUUCGAGAUAGGCGGCCUAGAUGGAACUUCAGAAGCCGUCGACCGCGGGAAGGCCGUCCUUGAACCUAUGAGCUGGGAAGAUUAUUUGGACCCAGACAGGCGGGAGACCGCCUACCACUUCGUCUGUGCCGCCUCUCCUAGGGAGUUACGUCUCCACAUGCACGAUCUACCGAGCAGCGGGCGCGAGGCAGUCAUUGCACUGAUCUCACGACAACUUGACGAUGGGGGCUGCGUGGUCCUUCAGGGAGAAGAUCUUCAUGGCAUCGCCGACAAGUUCUCCGAGUAUAUCCGCUACCGGCAAGGAGAUGGGGAUACCGCUUGGGUCGUCCUCGAAAGAAAGAAACAGGCGCAGCGGACUGUGCCGAGCGAUUUCCCGCCGUACAGUGUGUGCGUCGUUGGAGAGGCUGCAGGAGAAGACGAACGACAGCCAGCCGAUUUUGUCGGGAACGGAUCAGCAAUCACCUUCGACACUGCAGCGAGCUCACUGGUCCAAGGAGCCCUACGGCGACUCCACCAGAACCUAGGUCAUCCGCGAUGUGAAGAUCUGGUGAGACAUCUGAGGCUAGCCGGAUGUGAACCAGAGGUCCUCAAGGUUGCCAAGAGCUUGAAGUGUCAGGUUUGCGACAACACUAGCAAACCUAAGAUUGCGAGACCCAGCACGGUUCCGCGAAUGCUGGACUUCAACCAAUGCGUUGGGGCUGACCUCCUCUUUGCUCAUGACGUUGACGAUGUCAGGCAUACCUUCCUCAACCUCGUCGACUGGGGCACCUCCUACCAGGUCGUUGUCGAGAUAAAAGGAACUUCUGCUCCCGACUUGGAAAGGGCGUUCAAUGAUUUCUGGUUGACACCCUUCGGCCCUCCGUCAACGAUGUCAGUGGACCUAGAAGGAGGACUACAGAAAGGAUUGGGAAGGCUUUGCGACUGGCACAACAUCAAGGUCAAGCAUGUGGCGGCCCAAGGACACUGGCAAGCAGGCAUCACCGAGCGACAGGGAGCCUGGUGGAAGGAUAUUUGGGAAAGAGUCGUUCAUGACAUGAGUAUCAGCAAGAACGAAGCCCACCUCGCAGCUUCAUGUGUGACGAGUGCGAAAAUCAACUCCGGAGACGUUGCGGUCACAGCCCAUUUUCGUGGGUUUUCGGUCGUGAUCCCCGCAUGCCUGAGGACCUCCUCGACCCUGACUCCGGAGAGAGAGUCACAUGGGACGUGUCGGCGGAGAGCAAAUUCCAACGACAGAUGGCGGUGA